AUGGUACAAGAGAAUUAUGGUGAACAAGCAGAGAUGGAGAGCUCUGGAGGCCGUUCGGUUGUGGUCGGAGUGAAGCUGGACGCCAAGAGCAGAGAGCUGCUUACUUGGGCUCUGGUCAAAGUGGCUCAGCCUGGUGACCGUGUGAUUGCUCUGCAUGUUCUUGGGAAAAAUGAAAUUGUGGAUCAAGAUGGGAAGUCGUCGCUUCUUUCCCUUGUCAAAGCGUUCGACUCUGUUCUUGCCGUCUAUGAAGGUUUCUGCAACUUGAAACAGGUGGAUCUCAAGCUUAAAAUCUGCAGAGGAGCAUCAGUCAAAAAAAUUUUAGUCAGGGAAGCAAAUUCUUAUACUGCAAGUAAGGUUAUAGUGGGGACUGCUCAGAACCACCAUAAAAUCCGGUCAUCGACCACCGUGGCCAAGUACUGUGCUAAGAAACUGUCCAAGGAUUGUGGGGGAAGUGAAGAGCAUCGCCGAAAUGGUUUGCUCACUGCAUUUCACCGAUCACUGCAUAAGUCUUCCAAAGUACUAAAUGAAGGCAGUGACAGUGUGGCCUCAAAGGACACAUAUGGUCCGGUCGAUUGUCAAAAAUUGGAGCAGGGAUUUGCUAAACUCUUUUUGGAAUCUUCUGAGACUGUUGCAAAACAGAAAUGCUCAAUAUGUUCACGGCCCUCUGUGGAUAAUUCUUGUCACCAGUCUGCAGUGGAAUCUUCUGCGGAUGAUGGUGAAGAUAGAUCUAUGGCUAUAGUGCCAGUACAGAAAGAAGAGGAGGCAGCAGCAAGUUCUAUUUCUAUGUUGAUCAGAGAAUUACCUGAAGCGAGACCUGGUUGGCCACUGCUUCGACGGGCUGUAUUACCAGAGCAGCAAAUUUCAGAGAGGUCUCUGGUCCGGAAGAUCUCAGUAGUUCAGUGGGCAAUGCAGUUGCCCAGUAGGCAGCCUUCAGCUACCUCCAAUUUUGAUGAUAGAAAAAGUAGUUGUGAUCCAGGUGAAGAUCAACCUUAUUGUUUGAAUGGAGAAAGUGGUGCAAUUGUUGCAGUGGGUAGUGAGGCAGUGACUGCCCCACCUUCACCAGACCACAGUUCAAAAGGCCUGCCUAAAGAAUUGGAGGGUUUGCAUGAGAAGUACUCGGCUACUUGCAGAUUGUUCACCUACCAGGAACUUCAGUCAGCAACAUCAUAUUUCUUGGCUGAAAACUUCAUUGGGAGAGGCGGUAGCAGUCAAGUUUAUAGAGGCUGCCUUCCUGACGGCAAAGAACUUGCUGUGAAAAUCUUAAAACCAUCUGAAGAUGUAUUGAAGGAGUUUGUUUUGGAAAUAGAGAUUAUUACUACCUUAAACCACAAUAACAUUAUUUCCCUUUUGGGGUUCUGUUUUGAGGAUAACAAUCUUCUCUUGGUUUAUGAUUUCUUAUCAAGAGGAAGCCUUGAAGAGAAUCUCCAUGGAAGUAAGAAGGAUCCGCUUACGUUUGGUUGGAAUGAGAGAUAUAAGGUUGCUGUGGGUGUAGCUGAGGCCUUGGAUUAUCUGCACACCAGCAGUGCUCAACCUGUAAUCCACAGGGAUGUCAAGUCAUCCAAUAUUCUACUAUCUGAUGAUUUUGAGCCACAGCUCUCUGAUUUUGGACUGGCAAAAUGGGCAUCAACCUCCUCUUCACAUAUAACAUGCACUGAUGUUGCAGGCACCUUUGGCUACUUGGCUCCUGAAUACUUUAUGUAUGGCAAAGUAAACGACAAGAUUGACGUAUAUGCAUUCGGUGUCGUACUCCUUGAGCUUCUUUCUGGAAGAAAGCCUAUAAGCAGUGACUAUCCAAAAGGCCAUGAGAGCCUGGUCAUGUGGGCCAAGCCAAUUCUAAGCGGUGGGAAGGUGUCUCAACUGUUAGAUCCGUGCUUAAGCAAUAACUACAACCAGGACCAGAUAGAAAGAAUGGUUUUAGCAGCCACUCUUUGUAUAAGACAUGCCCCACGAGCUAGGCCCCAAAUGAGCUUUAUUGUGAAGCUCCUUCAAGGUGAUGCAGAUGCGAUUAAGUGGGCAAGGCUACAAGUUCAUGCUCUGGAGGAAUCCGAUGUGCUCGAGGACGAAGCAUGCCCACGUUCGAAUCUGCAGUCUCACCUUAACCUUGCACUGCUGGAUGUGGAGGAUGACUCACUCUCCAUGAGCAGCAUUGAGCAAAGUGUCUCUUUAGAGGACUACCUGAAAGGCCGGUGGAGCCGCUCAUCAAGCUUUGACUAA